AUGGUCGAUAAAGCUGAUUGAAUAUGAAGUGGACACUAUAUACCUAUAAUAUAACAGGUCUUAUAACGGUCAAGCAAUAAAACAGCUUGUAUUUUUCGAAUUUACAAUGAUAACAUGAUAAAAUUUAAAAUCGAAUAAUUAAGAAUUCAUGCACAUAAACAACAAAAAUGUGAAUUUAACUAAAACUAGCAUCGUUUUCCUCUGAACUUUUCAGAUUGUUUGUUCACUCAAAGUUAAAACCCACAUAGGCUGAGACACAGAUUUGGAUAGUGGCCGAGACCAGAGAUUUGGAUAGUGGCUGAGACCUUCAUCGAUGUCUGUGGCUGAGACAAGUAAAGAAGACUGCCAACGAAACAAAAACGUCAAAUAUAAUGUCAAUUUUUAUAACCUCUUUUUUUGUAUUAUUGCUCUAAUGUCAAAUAUUGUCAUAUCAAUUUUUUUAAAAAAGAAAUGAAAUUUCUUAUUUAAUAUUUUAGACGGUAGAAAUAUUGUAUAAAGAUGGUUUUAGCAGAUUUAGGUCGUAAAAUUACGACUGCUUUGCAGUCCCUUAGCAAGGCAACUAUUAUCAAUGAAGAGGUUUUAAAUGGAAUGCUAAAUGAUAUAUGUCGUGCUCUAAUUGAAGCUGAUGUUAAUAUUAAGUUGGUUAAAUCGCUUAGAGAAAAUGUUAAAUCAGUUAUUGACUUUGAUGAAAUGGCUGGUGGCCUUAACAAGAGGCGGAUGAUUCAAAGCGCAGUGUUUAAAGAACUUGUGAAGCUUGUAGACCCCAAUGUAAAACCACACCAACCCAUUAAGGGAAAACCAAAUAUAAUAAUGUUUGUUGGUCUUCAAGGUUCUGGUAAAACAACUACAUGCACUAAAUUAGCCUAUUAUUAUCAAAAAAAGAACUGGAAGUCAUGUUUAGUCUGUGCAGAUACCUUCAGAGCUGGAGCAUAUGAUCAGGUUAAACAAAAUUGUACCAAGGCUAGGAUACCCUUUUAUGGAAGUUACACAGAAGUAGACCCUGUAGUUAUAGCACAAGAUGGAGUCGACAUGUUUAAAAAAGAAGGUUUUGAAAUUAUUAUUGUUGAUACUAGUGGUAGGCACAAACAAGAGGAAUCUUUGUUUGAAGAAAUGUUGGCAGUUUCAAAUGCUGUGAAACCUGAUAACAUUGUUUUCGUCAUGGAUGCCACCAUUGGUCAAGCUUGUGAGUCUCAAGCUAAAGCAUUUAAAGAAAAAGUAGAUGUUGGUUCUGUAAUUAUCACAAAAUUGGAUGGGCAUGCAAAAGGAGGUGGUGCACUUAGUGCUGUUGCAGCAACAAGCAGUCCUAUAAUUUUCAUUGGUACAGGAGAACACAUAGAUGAUUUAGAACCAUUUAAAACAAAGCCUUUUAUUAGUAAAUUAUUGGGAAUGGGUGACAUAGAAGGUUUAAUUGAUAAAGUUAAUGAAUUAAAAUUAGAAGAUAAUGAAGAAUUGUUAGAAAAAAUUAAACAUGGACAAUUUACCCUCAGAGAUAUGUAUGAGCAAUUCCAGAAUAUUAUGAAAAUGGGUCCUUUUUCACAAAUUAUGGGUAUGAUUCCAGGAUUUAGCCAAGACUUCAUGUCCAAAGGCAGUGAACAAGAAUCAAUGGCUAGGUUAAAAAGAUUGAUGACAAUAAUGGAUAGUAUGAAUGAUUAUGAAUUAGAUAAUAGGGAUGGAGCUAAAUUAUUCACAAAACAAAAUGGCAGAGUAAUAAGAGUUUCUCAAGGCUCUGGGGUCACAGAAAGAGAAGUGAAGGAUCUUAUCACACAAUAUACAAAAUUUGCUGCAGUGGUAAAAAAAAUGGGCGGCAUAAAAGGUCUUUUCAAAGGUGGAGACAUGGCUAAAAACGUUAACCACAACCAAAUGGCCAAACUGAACCAACAAAUGGCGAAGAUGAUGGAUCCCAGGGUACUUCAACAGAUGGGUGGAAUGGCUGGGUUACAAAAUAUGAUGAGGCAACUUCAGGCAGGCGCGGCCGGCGGGUUGGGCGGUCUGGGCAAUUUAAUGGGCGGAUUCGGAGGGGGUAAAUGAUAAUUACUGUUUAAUUAUGUGUUGUGUACAUCUUACAUUUGCUUCAAAUGGUUUUGGAGACCGAAGUAUUUUCUUUUUUUUUUGUUACGUUUUCAAUAUUGUAGAAAAAUUUUAUAUUGAUAUAUUGUAAUAAAUGAUGUACUUUUUCUGACUUAUUACUAUACACAUCUUUUUGGA